GGAUGUCUACCAGUUACAUCUACUUGCAGGGGAAGUAAUUGAGGUCUAAUGGUAAGGGUCCUACCCUACAUAGGGGGUGUAUCAAGAACCCCUCACUAUCUUGAUUCUCUUAUAUGAGAGUAAUGACUUAAGUCGUUUUGUUAUUUCUUUCCUUGGUGCUUGGGCUCAAUCAUCAGCAAGUAAUGGAUCAGCCAAGCACCCCUCCCUAUGCCCGGCUUCCCAAGGACCCAGAACCACUACCAGGUACAUGGGAUAGGCCGCUAUUGGGGAUAUCCAACACCCGAUCUUCUCAUCCCGAGCUUGGAAAGCCCUGUGACAAGCCUAGGCUGUAUAUUUAUGACCUGGUAGCCAUAGUGGUCACAUUAGGCUGCUUUUCUACCUCUAUAUGUAUCGUUACGCCUUCGCUGGACUGGGGGUGGGCGCUUGGCUUCAAAUACCAACUCAUCAUUAUCGGCCUUCUCCUAUCUGUCGAAAAUUUAUGCCUGCAGAGAGUUCUUCGGAUGACAUUCUUAAUUAUCGAGGCUCGGUGGGGGCGAUCGAACUUACAAAACUACGAUGCGAUUUUACGGAAUACUGUUCUGGGAGACCGAAUGGGAAAUGGGUGGAGGGCUGGGAUUUUGUUCUUCAUUUGCCUCCCUACUGGACUGAGUGUCGCCUACAAGUUAUUUAUUGGUGGUGAAAGUACUGCGCGAAUCUUUCCCGAUAUUGACGGCAGACAGUACGGCUUCAUGCCGCCGAGCGAAGUGAACAUUGCUUUAGCAGUAAAUUUCCUUAACCCCCCGUAUCUCUUCAUCAAUUCCACGUCCGACUUCUUCCACAAGUCUAUUAGCGAUGAUGAGUUCCCACACACAUCAAUCGCCGAGGGUAAAGCGACGCCGUACGGCUACAACCUCUUGCUGCUUAGUAACGAAUCAGCUGCAGCUCUAGAUUUGCCAGAACCAUCAUACGUCAACGCGAUACAAAGCCGCUUGGGAGACACCGAUAGUUGGACGGUUAGCGCCUCCGUCUAUGGCUUGGUGAGCAGAAGAAACAAUAGCAUCGAGAGCUUACGGAUGGAUGAUGGAUUCUGGGAGGAUCUACUCAAAAGCACAAAUAAAUCUUUUAACGGAUUAUCAUCAUUUGGCAUGUUCGUUGAUCAUACGAGCUUUGGCAUGAUUCCUUUCUUGCCACAUCAACAUGAAGAGGCAUCUUGCUUUCUCGGUGCUUAUUACCCCUCGGCUACAUAUUGGGACGCUUACUACAAUACGGCAACUGACCCAGAUAUACUGGCGUUCCGCAAUCAUGCAUAUCAGUUCACUACUCGUAGGCAAUUAUGUCAUGCAAAAUGGAUCAUUACAAAAUCCUCGAUGACAUUAUUAGAGGGUGAUUGUCCUCAGGACGAAGAGCCUGUCAACUCAUCCAUGUUCUCCGCAAAAUAUGCCGAAAUUUUCGCUCCUUUCGUUCUCGACUCUCUCCCGGUGCUCGUGCAUUCACUUGGAUCGUUCAACCGAUCCUAUGAAAACCGCGUCGAGUCGCUCUGGAAGAUCCCAUCUUACGCUCUGGCGGUGGCCGAUUCAUAUUGGGCUCGCGGUACUUUCCUAUUAUAUAAUGGGAAUCCCGAUAGCAUUAGAAUAAGCUCACUCAGUCGCGACUUUGUAUAUGCCCCUAUGAACGAGUCUAUCAGUUCGACAGUCAGUACCAUUCGCCCCGAUCCAUUGCUUUAUCUUGUCCUCGCUGUCCAGCCGCUUAUUAUCAUAUUACUAUUGAUUUUCAACACCAAGUUUUACUUGACACCAUUCAGCGACGGCUUCAACUUGGUGUCGAUUCUCGCUGGUGUUAAUCCGCACAGUCUACAAUUAUUGAGCGGGGCUGGGUUUUCAGGCGAGCUCAAACAACAGGUCACCAUGAGCAUCUUCGAGAACGAAAGCUACAUACGAUAUACCCUGCAUCAAAGCAAAGAAAAGAUAGCUCUACCGGUGUUGUCGAAAGGAAGAGUAUACCAUUAGUUUUCAAAUUGAUGCUCAUUAGGUAUCGUUCAGGUAUUACGAGAGCUGCCUCAAUUUCUUCCCCCCCUUAAGAAAGCAAUGCGCGUGGGGGCGCUGGCUUCGCCCGAUUAAGAGAGGCGCAGGGGAUCUACGACCUAAUUUGGGAUCGAACGGACUUCCGAUCAUGGCACGGGAAGAAAUGCCACCACAUGUUCU